CCACAGCGGUUUCCCUGGCCUUCGCCAACACCAGAGUUCUCUUCUUUGGUCUUCCUUUGUUCUUCUCUGCAGGAUCUGGCAGUGUUGGUCAGCCUUGCUUCUGUUUUUAGAAGCCCAGCGAGCCCUGUGGACAUCAGUUCGGAAGCCAAGUCCCUGUUCAUUUCCCACGAGGAGCAACCCUUUUUAACAGCGAUUCUGACAGAACCUGUGUUUUGGAAGAAGACUGAUGGCUUUGAGCCUACAUUGGAAAGUAUGUGCACUAUUUCCCAGGAACUUCUGCAGUCUUCGGAGGGCUGCGAGCAGCCGGGAUCUUCCCUUGAUUCCCUGGGGCCACUACCCUUGCCGAGGAGUUCGGUGCUUUUUGCACCCUGAGAUGAAAGCUUUUCUGGAGGAGAACACUGAAGUCACCAGUGGUGGCAGCCUCACCCCUGAAAUCCAGUUGCGGCUUUUGACUCCCAGAUGCAAGUUCUGGUGGGAACGCGCUGACCUGUGGCCCUACAGUGAUCCGUACUGGGCUGUCUACUGGCCAGGAGGCCAAGCCCUGUCCAGGUAUCUUCUGGAUAAUCCUGACAUUGUCAAAGGAAAAUCUGUGUUAGAGCUUGGAAGUGGAUGUGGAGCCACAGCCAUUGCUGCUAAAAUGAGUGGGGCAUCAAGGAUAUUGGCCAAUGACAUAGACCCUAUUGCAGGAAUGGCCAUUACACUGAACUGUGAAUUGAACCAGCUGAAUCCUUUUCCCAUUUUAACCAAAAACAUUUUGGAUUUGAAACAAGAUACAUGGGACGUUGUUCUCCUUGGAGAUAUGUUUUAUGACCAGGACCUUGCAGACGCUCUUCAUCAAUGGCUGAAGAAAUGCUUUCAGACUCACAAAACUCAAAUACUGAUUGGUGAUCCAGGGCGACCCCAGUUCAGUGGACACAGCAUUCAGAAUCAACUGCACAGAGUGGUCGAAUAUUCACUUCCGGAGUCUACCAGGCAGGACAACAAUGGAUUGACAACAAGCGCAGUGUGGGAUUUUCAGCCUUGAGGUCACCGAGUGCUCCCAUGUGUGGAUCUAGCUGUGUCUGGUUUUAACCCUAAACAUUGCCACUGUCAGGAUCAUCUCCAGUUAAAGACUGUUCAUUCCUGUUAAAGUGGCACGUCUUGUUUCCAAACUGUGUGGGCUGAAGGCUUUGUCAGCCUUUGUUGUGGAACUGCGUCUGCACCUCCUUUUGGGCCAAUUACACAUAUCUGUUUCUGCAGUUUUCCUGCAGUAGGAAUAUGAUGGCACAUCACUUAGUGGUGAUGACAUGUAACUUUAAGUAGAAGAGAGAAGUUGGAAAAUUGUAGCAGAACCUAUUUCUAAAGUUGAGGACAACUAUGAUGUCUUGGAAUAAAACAAAAUUAAAAAAUAUAGAUGAAUUCUGUAUUUUAAAAAAUUGGUGACUAUAAACUAUGUAGUUAAUAAAAUACAUUAUCCCAGGGCUUUAGAGUUAGGCAGCUCUAUCACUUUUAGCUGGGAUUUUGAAGGCUAAACUGUCCAAGCUUUAAUUUCCUUGUCUGAAGAAUGGCAAUAACACUCACUAAACCCCACUUUAAAGCAUUUUUGCAUUGAGUGAAAGGAUAUGCCAGGUGCCUAAUAUAACAUGUAGUACCCAGCAGAACCUUAAUUAAGGAACUGUGGAGGCAUGGUGGUUAAAGAGAUCAUCAAAAGGUCAGCUGUUCAAACCCACCAACACUCCCGUGGGAGAAAGAUGUGGCAGUCUGCUUCUUUGGAACUCACUCUAUGGCAGUAGGAUUGUUUUUGGUUUAGGGCCUUAAAUUGUCCCUGGAUGGUACAGAUGGUUAACAUGCUCAACUGCUAGCCCAGAGGUUGGAGGUUUGAGCCCACCCAGAGGCUCCUCAAGGAGCCUAGGUAAC